AUGACUAAACGACUCCAUGGAUCCAAGCUUUCCACAUGUACUCAGAGAGUAAUGCUCGUUCUGAAUGAGCUCGGUCUGCCAUACGAGCUGGUUUCCAUCGAUAUGGGGAAGGCUGAACACAAGACACCAAAGUUUGUCCGCGAAAUGCAUCCGUUCGGCAAGCUUCCCGCACUUGAGGACGGCAGCUUGCACUUGUUCGAGUCCAGAGCCAUAUGCAAAUAUCUAGUCGCCAAGUAUGCAUCUCCAGACUCAGGGAUGUCGCUCCCGGAAUUGCCGGAGGAUAUUGCUAUGUAUGAGCAGGCCGCAUCUGUCGAAUAUUCGUACUUUGACACGAGCGUCUUCAAACUUGCGUAUGAGAAGAAGUUCAAGGAGUUCUUUGGUCGCGGCGAAGCAGAUUCUACUGUGGUCGAAACCAUGGAAGCCGAAUUCAGAGGAGUGCUUGAUUACUACGAAGAAUUGCUUUCGAGACAGACAUAUGUGACGGGCGAUGAGGUGUCGCUUGUCGAUUUGUACCAUCUCCCGUGGCUUCACUUCCUUCCCCAGCUUUCAAUGGAAGCUGAAGUUUCGUCGCGAAGAUAUGUUGCAGCAUGGUAUCAGAGGAUGCAGCAGCGACCUGCCUGGCAGAAGGUAGCGUAUCCGCGUUUGAGCAACUGA